AUGGGAACUUUCGAGGGCCAUCUGCUUCCCGGGGCCGCCUUCCUCCUGUUCGGCUCAUGGCAGGAGUUCAACGUCCUGCGAGCCUUCUUCAAGCACCCUGGCAGCUUCCAGUCUCACGCAUGGUUCCCUACCGCCACCACAGGCGUCUGGCGCUACAUGGAGCUAAUCUUCAUUGCACUUGGAGCUACAGCAUCAAUACUCAUGGAGCUCGUGCUCACUCAGCCGCAUUUCACCCCACUUGACAAGCACCACGUGAUCCUGCUGGACGCAUUCAACAACCUGGAGCACGCCGCCAUCUCCCUCUUCUUCCUCCUCUAUGCUCUCACAUGCCUGCUCUGCGACCUACUUCCGAACCUCCCGCCGUACCUGCCGUACCUAGUGGGCGCCUCGGCUCUUGCUCAGGAGUUUCUGCUCUUUCACUUCCAUUCCGCGGAUCACAUGGGCUUGGAAGGCCACUACCACAUGCUGCUGAGGAUCCCUAUUGGCAUCGGGGCUAUUUGUGCAGCGCUUGAGAUCGCACACCCCACAUCCUUCAUGCUCUCUCUUGUACGCGCGAUGAGCUUCCAGCUGCAAGGCGGGGUGUUUAUCCAAAUCGCCCUGUGCAUCUGGGUGCCCUCACUGGUGCCCCUUCACUGCGUGCGCAAUGCGGUUACCAACACAGUUACGUGCGAAAGCGAGGUGUGGCACAGCAGGGCGAAAGCACUCGCCACUCUGCAGUUCACAUGGUGGAGUGCAGCUGUUGUGGUGAGCACACUGAUUGCCACUAUCGUCGCCAGCCAAGCCUUCCAAGACCCUUUGGAAGAGGUGUACGCAGGUGUUGGGAGGGAACGCGAGGUGGAGAUCCCAAGAGACGUCGAAAUGGAAGACUCUAGACACCUGUUAGACACUCCCUUCUCCGAAGAGGAGGCUCUGAAGGGAGAAGAAUCGUUCCAAGGGGCUGUGAAGAGGUGUGGUUGGAUGAGAUACAGUGGCUCAGCUAGGAGUCACUGUAACCCUGGCACUCCUGGCACUCACCUGAAUGGGUCGCUGUAG